UUUAUCUGAUAUAAAGCCUUUAUCAAAAAUAAAAUAUAAAGCCUAUGGCAGUAUAAGAAAACAGUAUGUUUAAAUUCAAGAUGGUGCUCGUAUUCUUAAGCCUAUCUUUGAAACGAACCUUAAAAUCAAUGUAAAAGAAAGGUGCUUGUAAAGGAAAGAGGAGUAUAAAAAUAGAUUAGAAUGUGACAACCCUUAAGCUUUAACAAAUGAGUUUUGUCGUGACAUUCUAAUUUUACAGGAAGGAAGAUGAAGAAUUUCAAUAAUGGCUUCUUCCCCAGCAUGCUCUUUCUUCUCAUAUGUCUUGUGUAUUCGGGGCUUGCUAAUGAUCCUUUCUCCCAUAGUCGCUCUCUCAAAACAGAGUGUAUAAUGAAGCCUCCACGAAGCAUUGCGGAACAAGAAUUAAUACUACUUAGCCACUCUGAUGAAGAUGACUCUGAUCAAGAGUGGGAGAUAGAUGAAAAUGGGGCUAUUAGAGAAAUGGCACAGAGAAUUCAGCUUCAGCAAGGAAUCAUUUACAGCUUCUCCGCUUGGGUAAAGUUGAGAGGAGGAAACGACAAGAAAGUAGGGAUUGUGUUCAGAUCAGAAAGUGGAAGACUUGUUCAUGGAGGUGAAGUUAGGGCAAAGCAAGGAUGUUGGUCUUUGCUUAAAGGUGGGAUUGUACCUAAUGUUUCAGACCCAGUAGAUAUAUUCUUCAAGAGUGAAGACAGAGAAGCAAAGAUCUCUGUAACAAAACUGUCGCUAAAACAGUUUAGUAAAAAAGAAUGGAAACUGAAACAAGAUCAACUUAUUGAAAAGAUAAGGAAGAAUAAAGUGAGAUUUGAAGUUACUUAUAACAAUAAAACUGCGGUAAAAGACGCAGUAAUAUCCCUAAAACAAACCAAACCAUUUUUCCUCUUAGGCUGUGCAAUGAAUUUCCGGAUCCUACAAAGUGAAGGGUACAGAAAAUGGUUUGCGUCACGGUUCGCAAUCACGUCAUUCACCAAUGAAAUGAAAUGGUAUACAACAGAGAAAGUACGCGGUCAGGAGAACUACACGGCAGCAGAUUCAAUGCUGAAGUUUGCAGAGGAGAAUGAUAUAUUGGUUAGAGGUCAUACAGUUUUAUGGGACGACCCAAAGAUGCAACCAAGUUGGGUGGAAAAUAUAAAAGACCCUGAAGAUGUGAGGAAUGUGACACUGAACCGGAUAAAUUCGGUUAUGAAGAGGUACAAAGGUAAGUUAACCGGGUGGGAUGUGGUUAACGAGAAUUUGCAUUGGGAUUACUUUGAAAAAAUGCUUGGUGUAAACGCUUCGUCAAGAUUCUACAACCUUGCUUAUAAGCUAGAUCCUGAUGUGACAUUGUUUGUUAACGAGUACAACACGAUUGAGAACCCUGGAGACGUUACUGCGACGCCGGUUAAGGUGAAGGACAAGAUGGAGGAGAUACUUGCGUACCAAGGAAACGAAAACAUUAAAGGAGCAAUUGGAGCUCAGGGUCACUUUAGUCCAAUUCAGCCUAACUUAGCUUACAUGAGAUCUGCACUGGAUACUUUAGGCUCACUAGGGUUGCCUGUAUGGAUUACAGAGCUUGAUAUGCCUAAAUGCCCUAACCAGGCAAAAUACAUAGAAGAAAUUCUAAGGGAAGCUUACUCGCAUCCUGCGGUGGAAGGCAUCAUAAUAUUUGCUGGACCUGAGGUGUCUGGUUUUGACAAGCUGACACUCGCGGACAAGGACUUCAACAACACAGAGACAGGAGAUGUAAUUGACAAGUUGCUCAAGGAGUGGCACCAAAAAACUUCAGAUAUUCCAAAUAUUUUCAUGGUGGACCACGAGAACGAAGAGGAAGAUGUGUCAUUGUUGCAUGGACUUUACAACGUGAACGUAGGUCAUCCACAGAUCAAGAACUUGUCCACCAGUUUGUGCUUGGAGGUAACUAAGGAGAUGGGUCCGCGCCAGGUGGUUAGAGUUGUGAUUAAUGCUUAAAAGUGAUAAUUAUAUACAACAUUAAUAACAUAUCAGUAUAACAUUGGUCGUAGUGAAAUAGUACUUGAAACGUCAAUUACAAAAUCAUAAUGUCUUCUUCAGGAGUCAUUAAAAAUAAUAUAACUAAUGCUGAAAGAUUAUACUAGUGAACUAUCAUUUGUAAAAACAUUAUAAAGGAAAAUUUCAAUAUACAAAAACAGAGUUACCUAAUCGGCUAAUCCUGACCUGAACUUAACGUCUUGAUUCCUUACACAACUUAAACUUCUUGUUCUCAAACUAAGUUAUACACACACAAAAAAGGUUUAACUAUACAACUCAUUUGAAAACACACAAACACACAUGUGAAGGGAAGUGAAAAAGCAAGAGACACAUGGAGGACGGGAACACUGAAAUCGGGAGCAUAGGAAUUAUCAGUGAUUGUAAAGAAAGGGACCAGAAGGUGUCACAUCUAAAGUGUGUAGUUGGUCGAAGUGCGUGUUCUUGCACGUGAGCACAUGUGUGAAUUUGUUGAACCUUGCGUAUUAUUACAUUUUUACGUGCACACGUGCUCACAUGCAU